AUGUCAGGCUCUUCGCUGCAAUGUGCUGCAGCAUGCGUAUGUGUGUGUAUGUGUGCAUAUGUAUGUGUGUAUGUAUGUAUGUGUGAGUGUGCCAAAAAUGUAACCGCAGAGAGUGUAUCUAUAGCUGCUGCUGCUGCGGCAAUGUCCGGGAUGGGACCGCCCUCCCGGAGAGACGCAACCCAUCGAAUAGAGACUUUAGCAGGUUACGAGAGGAAUGGUGGACAGAGGGUGCGUGGGAGGAUACAAUGGCUCGAAGAUAGACGAUGUGGUUGGUGGAGGAAGCAGCACGUUAUACGACCUCUGAUGAUAGUGUACGAAGCAACGGUAGAAGGAGUAAUGCCUUCGUCCGCCUCAUAG